UGAGAGAAGUAGUAAACAUCACUGUUUAAAAAUGUUUUACACAAGAGCAUUGGCCAACGCGGAAGGAUGGAUGAAGAAGGUAGAAUGGAUUAUUCACUUAUUCAUCCUCUCUGCUGGUUGAGAGUAUGUUGUUGUCAAAGGCUUUAUUCGAGAAAGAGAUAAUAUUUCCGUUUCCCAUUUCUGUAUUUCCAUUUUCUGCUUAUCGCCGUGAUUGCUUAAACUGAUUAAAACAACAUGAAUCUGAAAGGAAUUGCCCAGAAAGAGAGAGCGCCCACGUGCACGUGUGUGAGUGUAUCAAUACUACUACAAACCACCAAUAACAAGACUAACACAAUCAGUUAUUAAACCGAUAGAACCCCUCAAAUGGUAGAAUAGAAAUGGGCAGCUCAAUGUUCAUUCUUCUUACGGAAGUUCUUUUCUAGUUACCUCUCGUUAGGUGGGGUACGUAUAUGCUCACCAUUGGAACACGUUUUUGAGAAAGGUUUUGACGAUCGCUGGUAGAAAUGCUACGCUCUUUGUAACCAGGAACAAUAGAACCCAAAUAGAGCAUUAGUAGGAAGGUGCAAUGUAAGUGAACUCCUUUUUGUUUUUGCUUCCAAGAGUUAAUUGAAAUGAAUUCCAAAGGCUUGGCAAAGAUGGUUUACAACAUGAACGGCAAGCUUCAUGUUUUGAAUUGCUAUUCUUUGUCUUCGUUUGUCUCGAGAUUGGCUAGUAGGAUUUUAUGUAUUGCUUCCGCCACUAUGGAAUUCAAUAUGGAACAAUUGUUAAAGGAUGAAUCGAUUGUUUGAUGCACUAUUUGACUAUGUUGUUCACGUAUUCCGUAAUACUACUAAUCUGUGUGCAUGUGUAAUGUGUUCUAAAGUUCAGUACCCUAAUCGUAUCAAUUUGAGACUGUUACCAUUUAUUUUUGCAACGCUUCACAUGUAUACAUACACCCUUUUUAUAGUAAAUUCUGCUUGCUGCUGAACUGUCUAAAACAAGGUAUUAAUUGGGGCAAAAGAAAAUGCGUAUGAAAUCAGACUUCAAAAUUCAGCUUGUUUAACGCUUCUAAGAAGAGAGAGCUUGUGCAAAUAAAAGUGCUGAAAUGGUUCCACCUACAAGUGGAAGUGGAGUGUGUAAAUAAUGGAAGUAAUGCGUUAGUUUAAGAACUGUAAUCUCUCACUCGCUAGUCUAUGCAUUUUGGAAUAUCGCGCGCUAAGUCGCUAGUGAUGGAAUGCGCAGAGAAUAAUGCCAACAAGAAAACCAUAACAAAGAAUUCAGCAGAGCAUGGCCGCGCGAUGCCCAUUAAAGCCAAUACCAAAACUCACUUAUUUCUAUGUCUACACCGAGUGUUGGCACUAGCAAGAAAGGGAGAAACCGCAAACAAGGAUAACGAUUUCAAACUCAAAACAUCCAUUCCGACAUUACUACUUGCGCGGAAGCGCGGUUAGUAUGCAGCAUAAUCAAAAAAACAUGUAAAAUCUAAUCGCAUCAAACAGGGAAUAAUUGAUUGUGACAACCACAAAACCCCAACUACUACUACUACUACUACUACUAACGUCUACCACCUAAACCAACGCCCCAUAGAGAGGAGACUGAAAGCAGUCUCCAAUCCAACUACUAAAAAACUUUUGCCGAUCGUGAACAGGAUCGAGAUGAGAUAGCUUCCCUUUUCAUCCCAUAAUCCUCAAUUUUUGUAGAACGCUGAUUGACCAUUUUACUCGUGAAUAAAACAUAUUUAUCAACCAUGAAUGCUAAUAUA